AUGACUGAACCUCAACCCCGGGUCGACACAGGCCAGCCUUACAAAUAUCGGGCACUCGAGUCUCCACUCCAUAUCAGGUUGAUUCAUCUAGUACCCGGCAAGCCUGACGAAAAUAUUCGACUACGAAUUUCGCAUGAACUUCUAAGGCAACCAGAGCAACCCAGGUCACUACGCCUAUCCCGGAAACACCUACAAAAGACGCUUCCUCCAGGUUGGGAAGUCGUUGAAACAAUCGAGGGAAGAUUCAUCUUCAUGAACGAGCCUGACGAUACAUCUAGCCCGGACAGUGAUGAAGGCAGCGGGAAGGUUCAUACAUGGACGCAUCCAGAUCCAACCAUAGACCCAGCACUAUAUAAACUUCCGCCUGUAAACCCCACACAGCCCGCUUUCGAAGCUCUAUCCUAUGUCUGGGGUCGGCAGAAUGACCCCGUGGUCGCUACUGUUGAAGGAACAGCUGGCGACCCAUUUGGAAGCAUAAAGCUUGGAAAGAACCUAGCAACGGCACUCAACCACCUACGAUACCAAGACAAGACCCGUGUGCUGUGGGUAGAUGCUAUCUGCAUCAACCAAAGUGACGACGUCGAAAGAUCAACUCAAGUUCUUCGGGUGUCAAGUAUCUAUCAGGACUGUAGUCGAGUUGUCAUCUGGCUUGGCCCCGAAAAGCACGAUAUAGCACUGGCUUUCUCUGAAUUGGCUCAUGUUGGAUCUCAAGUUGAGAAGACAACUAAUGGUUUUCUAAUGUCCUCACCCGAUACAACCGAUUUCAGGUGGUGGAAGGACGAUAUUCCAGUUCCCUUCUCUGACGACGUAUGGGCAGCCAUUAACAGACUCGGCGACCGGCCUUGGUUCCACCGUCUUUGGACUGUACAAGAAGCUAUCAUGGCGAAUCGCGAUUCUAUCAUGCAAAGUGGCGAUGCAACUAUUUCAUGGUCUCUCUUUCGUCGUGCGGUUGCAUGUCUGUUGCAUAAGAACGACAUGCCGGCGGCUCGAGUUUCUAUCAGCUCGAUGAGAAGCACAGCGGAAAACCCAAUCGGAGCAACACUGGCACAUACUCUGGACACAUAUCAAGCCCGGAUGUGCUCAGAUACUCACGACAAGAUAUAUGGCCUACUGGCCAUCCUGCCACCAAGGUUUGUGGAGGAGAUCAAGCCGGACUAUGAGAAACCCGUGGUCGAGUUAUACAAAUCCUGUUUCCUGGCUAGUAUUAAAGCUCUUUGCCGCUGGGAACUACGCGGCUGUCCCCGGGAUCCGGAUAAGGAUAGUUGCCCCUCUUGGGUUCCUGAUCUAUCUAGAGUAGAUCCAUAUGGCCGUAGAGUGACGGAGCACUUCUCCACGGGAUGUUCGGCUUUGAAUUACGAAUAUCAAGCACCCAAUUUACUUCGAAUAGUUGGUGUACGAUUUGACACGGUGAAGUCCGUUUGUGAAAAGACUUUCGAUCAUUGGGGUGAUGGCGAAACAGCCAUCCGGACUAUCAGAUCUUGGGAACCUAAGUGUCCUCUCACAGACCCUUAUCCUAGUGGAGGCACCUAUCUGGAUGCGUUUGCAGCAACAUCUCUUCAAGACGGGAGACUCGAGCGCCGUCCCACUGAAGGAUUUACACUUAAACAUAUCAAAGAGAGAUUCGAAAGUCAAUUUCUCUCCACAGCUUCUGAACCAGUGUCACAACUGAAUCGUGGAGACAUGAUGGAAUAUGUCAUCUGGACACGUUCUAAGGGGCGAGCGAUGGUCACGACAGAGAGGGGUAGCAUUGGCUUAGCAUGCACUUUCGCAAAACCAGGCGAUGUGAUUUGCAUCUUCCUUGGUUGCGACUUUCCAGUACUACUCCGCCCAUGUGAGGAUAACACCUGGAAGUUUCUGAGUGACUGCUACGUAUGGGAUCUAGAAGCUACACAAGGCUUGCUGGGUCCUCUUCCGUCUCCUUGGCAGGCACAACUUUUCUAUGAUCCUGUUAAUGAACAUCGUUCUUACACCCGUUACCAUAACCCCGAAACAGGGGAGCUGAAAGCAGAAGACCCUAGGCUGGGACCACUUGUAGGAUGGCAGCGAGUAUCACUAGAGGAGCUAGGGCGAGGCCUUACGGGCGAUGACCCAGAAGUGUAUGACUUUUUCCGCAAUAUGGAAGAUGGCAGAAUUGUGAACUCUGAUCCACGAUUAGAAGCGGAAGCCCUUGAAAGUCGGGGAGUGAACUUGGAAACUUUUGUAUUGAGCUAG